AUGGGUAACGUGACAAUUAAAGAUUUAAUCCGUUUCUUACGACGAGAUGAUGAUAAUCAAGUUGUCCGACGACAGCUUGGUAAAUCGUUUAUCAUCAAAAAUGAUUUAAUUCCAAUUAUUAAAUGCCACUGGAAAGAUGCAGAACUUUUAUCCCUAACUAUUAGGUUAAUGGUCAACUUAACUCAACCUGCCAUAGUCUGUUUUGAUGGAAAAAUACCAAAAAAGGAUCAAAAUCAAUCUAGGUAUUGGCUUGAAAUUGAGAAAUACCUUCAUGCCUACAAACAGGCUUUUAAUGAUUCCGAUUUAUGGGCUAUCCUGACCCAGCAACUUGGUAAAACCUUGCAAAUCCCUGUCGAUGACCGCGACGAUGACGAUUUGCUGUUUAUGGAAAGAUUGCUGUUGCUUAUAAGAAAUCUCUUACAUGUUCCGCAAGAUGAUAACCAAGAAAAUGCCACUAACAGCGAUGCCAGCCUUCACGAUCAGUUAUUAUGGCAAAUGCAUUCCAGUGGAAUGAACGAUUUACUUAUUUACAUAGCGAGUUCUCCACACGAAACUAUGUGGACUUUACAUGUUCUGGAAAUGAUCUCUCUGAUGUUGCGAGAUAAGUCAGGAGCGCUAUUAGCGCGGACAGAGGAUACUAAAACGGAAAAGAAAGCUGGAUCGAGGUUCUUUAAAGCUUUCAGGGUAAAUUUCUGUCAUGUUGUGAUUAAUCAAAUUUUACGCCUGAAAUUUAGACAGCUAAAAGUAGCCAAGGAUGUGGCAGAAGCGGAAAGAAGAAGGAGUGAAUAUAACAUAUCUGGAAGACAUUCACGAUUUGGUGGAAGUUUCUGGGUUAAAGAUAUGAAAGGGAUCAGUGAAAAUAAUAUAGUUUAUCAUCGCCCGUUAGCCAAUGCCAAAAAGAUGUCAUUUGAUUGCAAUAAGAGCAUUCCUCGAGUUCCUAAAAGGAAACUUCCAGCCGUGGAGCAUGCGAGAGUUCGUGAAUCACCAUUAGUAAUAAGGUUGAGCCUUAAAACAUUUUGCGUUCAAUUUUUGGAUUAUUGCUAUAAUUCCUUGAUGAAUAACGUUCGUAAUAAAUUGAUGCAUAACAAAUCCCAGCAAAAUGACGAAACAUAUUACUUUAAGAUGAUGAAUGAGACGUUAUCAAUGCCAAUAUUCCAUUUUACUUGCCAAAAUAUUUAUAAUGCCUAUGACGGGCUAAUAAGUAAUAAGGAAGAUAGUAUUCCAUGGGCUAGACGGAUGCACUAUGUCGUCAGUGCUUACAAGGAGUUGCUUCUUAACGUUAUAGCUAUGGAACAAAUUGAAGAUCAUUGUCUUAAUGAGAAUGCGAAAAUUAUAAAAAGCAAUAUAUUAUAUAUGCCUGAAUUCCGAGAGAUACCACUUAUGCUGCUAACAAAAUAUGAUCCAACUAGGCAAACGAGAUCAUAUCUGAUGGAAAUUAUUACGGUCACUCAUAUAUAUUUAAAGAUGAUUGAAAAACAAUGCUCUAAAAAUGGUCAAGUAAUGGUUAAGGAGAAAAAAAGAAAAAUGAAAAAGAAGUCAAAGAAAGAUUCCGCCUCUAAGCAGUUGACUGCUGAAUGGGAAAACCUAUCGAAAGAGAUCACUCAUACCUUAUCAACUUUUGAGAAUCUUGAAAUAUUCAUUCCAGCCUUGGAUGGUGUGCCUAUUUCUGAAUUACCUGGCGCUGCCAAGGAAGAAAUCAGGAACUGUUUAGUUGAAAGCCGCUAUAGUGAAGCUAUAGCUACUUUGAGAAUUUGCAGAAAUAAACUACCCGAUAAAGUUGAAGACUUUGGACAAAAUAAUGCAAAUAACGAAGAAGAAUUAUUAUGCCUUAAAAAUAUUUAUAUAGCAAAAGAGGAAGACUUUGUUUUACAAAACGGAGUCGAAAAAAAUUUUAACCUAAUGAACUAUUUGAAAAAGUUCACUAGUUCGAAGGUCCUAAGGCAUUAUGUCGAUUUAUUAUCAACCUAUGAUAAAAAUGAUGAUUCAGUAAAUCAUUAUAUCGUAAAAUGGUUCUACCGCAUUGCGCAUGAUUUCCGCAUGCAUGCAAUGCUAUACCAAUUAAGACUUUUCUUAAUAUUCAAUAAAAUAUUAAGUGAACCACCAUUGGACAGAUAUAAGGAGCUGGUUACCUUCGUAAAUUAUAUAUUGUCGCGGUUUUUUGAAACGACAAAAUCAAAUCCCGUCGUUUACGUUGAGACUUUGUUUUGGAAAAGUGCUGGCGAUUGUUACGAAAUUACUGAAGGCUAUGGAAGUUUAAGUAAAGAGAAGGAGGAACGUAAAACAAAAGGCUUUUGGUCCGAAGAGGAAGAAAGUAAAUUAAUCGAAUUGUAUCGAAAACACGAAGAUUCUGACGAUAUUAUCGGUAAUAUAUUGAGCGAAUUUGUGGAAUUUAGCGACAAGGGCAGGGCUCAGAUACGAAGGAAAUUGUUAACGUCAGGUACUGUUACUGAUCGUGACCGACUUCGAAAACGAAAGAAAAGUGCACCUGUUCCUGGACGAGAAUUUAACCAUGAAUCAUUGGAAGAAUACGAAAUUGAAGACCAACAAACUGAUAAAGAUGCAGAUGUUGACGUAGAAGAGUUGCAUGAUUUAAUAAAUGAUGUUAUUACAACAGAAUUAGACAAUAUAAAUUCAAAGAAUAUUAACCCGAUUGAGAAACGUGAAAUCAUUGAAGAAAUAAAUUUCCCGAAAUCAUUUAUGAGCGAUGAUUCAAGUAGCAACGAGGAAGAGAUGGAAGAUGAUGUAAAUACAAUUAAGCGAGAUGCAAGUAACGACUCCGACAAUGAGAGAAUAAUGAUGAAAAGGAAGAAAAAAUUACGGCAAAUAUUAGAUAGUGAUGAUGACGAUUGA